AUGCCGCUCUCCACGCAGUCGCCCGCUAGCGGCGAGCCGUACGUGCUGACCGCCAGCCUGGACAACGCCCGCCAUCUCUCCAGCCUCCUCAGGGCCGUCUACUUCCGGGACCACGCCACCUGCUUCGCCACGGCCAACGGCCUCCGGGUGACGGUGGAGGACGCCAAAUGCAUCCAAGCCAACGCCUUCAUCCAGGCAGAAAUUUUUCAGGAAUUUGCUGUUCAGGAGGAAUCGGUGACGUUCCGUAUCAAUUUGUCUGUUCUUCUCGACUGCUUGACCAUUUUUGGUACUGGUUCUUUGCCAGGAACAUCAACGGCCCUUAGGAUGUGUUAUCGUGGUUAUGGUUAUCCCUUGAUGCUGUUCUUGGAAGAAGGAGGAGUAGUGACAGUGUGCAAAAUUAACACUCAAGAACCUGAUGAGUUGUUAGACUUUGAUUUCUGCAGUACAAAGGUUGUUAAUAAAAUUAUCCUGCAGUCGGAGGGGUUACGAGAAGCAUUUGCCGAACUGGAUAUGACCAGUGAAGUUCUGCAGAUUACCAUGUCUCCAGAUAAACCCUACUUCAGGUUAUCCACUUUUGGAAAUGCAGGAAGUGCACAUCUGGACUACCCUAGGGACUCCGAUCUGAUGGAAGCAUUCCACUGUAACCAGACCCAGACAAACAGGUACAAGAUUUCUUUGCUUAAACCAUCUACAAAGGCACUGGCUUUAUCUUGUAAAGUGUCCAUUCGAACAGAUGCUCAAGGAUUUCUUUCACUGCAGUAUAUGAUUAGGAAUGAAGAUGGACAGAUCUGUUUUGUGGAAUACUAUUGUUGCCCUGAUGAGGAUAUUACUGAAGCAGAACUGUAGGUGUAUGUUUUGGCAUCUGUAUUAUAUUUAUGGAUAUACAAAAUACUGUAUUUUUUUAUAAAACUGAAUGAAAGCUAUAAAGAUUGAUAAACUUGA